ACAUGGAACUCCAUGCAGGAGCUGAGCAGGGACAUCUAUGACAUCUACGCAGAGUAUGAGGAUGAAGAGGAUGAUAGUACUCUGUACGGCUUCUCCAAGCAGAUCUCACCCUCUAAGAAGAACUACAUGAUCAACAUCAAUGUAGGGGGCAAACCGUACCAGAUCGCCUACAAGAUGGCAGCUAAGUAUCCCAAAACCAGAAUAGGACGACUGGCCACUUACACAGACCACAACAUGAAGCUAGACCUGUGCGAUGACUACAUCGUGACCAACAACGAGUACUUCUUCGACAGGGACCCAGAUGUCUUCCACAGCAUCUUCAACUUCUACAGGACUGAGGUGCUGUGGAUCAAGGAUGAGUUGUGUCCACGAAACUUCCUGGAGGAGAUCAACUACUGGGGCGUGAGGAUCAAGAACACCCACCGCUGCUGCCGCAUCUCCUUUGAGGAGAGGCAGGAUGAGCUGAAUGACCAGCUGAAGAUCCAGAGGGAGCUGGAGGCUGAGGUGGAGAUGGAGGAGAAUGAGGAGCUCUUUCAUGACAUGUUCUUUGGACAGCAGCGACGAUACAUCUGGAACCUUAUGGAGAAGCCAUUUUCAUCCAUCAUGGCCAAGCUGAUGGCCGUGGCCUCCAGUUUGUUUGUUUUGGUCUCUCUGGUGGCCAUGACUAUGAACACUGUGCAGGAGAUGCAGUACAGGACACCUACAGGUCAACUCAGUGGUAAGACAUACUGGGAAUACGUAGAGUCCAUGUGCAUCGCCUUCUUCACCAUGGAGUACCUGCUUCGCCUGGUGUCCACGCCUGACCUCAAAUCCUUCAGCAGGAGCGUCCUUAACACCGUGGACCUGAUCGCCAUCCUGCCUCAGUACCUGCAGGCCAUCCUGGAGUUCUUUGACAACGAGGAGAACUACAUGAAGCAUGAGGCUGACAUGCAGGCGGUGGGGCAAGUGGGGAAGCUAGGCCAGGUGUUAAGGAUUAUGAGACUGAUGCGGAUCUUUCGCAUCUUGAAGCUGGCACGGCACUCAACAGGUCUGAGGGCAUUUGGCUUUACUCUGCGUCAGUGUUACCAGCAAGUGGGCUGCCUCUUUCUCUUUAUCGCCAUGGGCAUCUUCACCUUCUCAGCCAUGGUUUACACUGUGGAGCACGACAUGCCGCAAACAAACUUCACCAGCAUUCCUCAUGCAUGGUGGUGGGCAGCUGUCAGCAUCUCCACUGUGGGUUAUGGAGACGUUUACCCAGAGACCGUUCUGGGCCGUCUCUUUGCUUUCAUCUGCAUCUCUUUUGGAAUCAUCCUCAAUGGUCUGCCCAUCUCCAUCCUCUUCAACAAGUUCUCAGACUAUUACUCCAAACUCAAGUCCAACCAGUACACAGCCUCCCUGAAGAAACGAGGAAGGGUCAGGUUUGCCAAAAGGACUGUAAAGAAGCUCAGCAACUACCUGGGAAGCCAGAAGUAUGAGUCACGCUGAUUUUUAAAAUGUAUGUUUACUUCAAGAAAUAAAAUGCUGUAUUAUGAAUCUAUUCAAAAGUAACGUGGCAGGGUAAAAUAAAUGAGCAGGGGCAUCAGCCAUGGAUUCAGCUUCUGGUAGUGAUACGUUUGACAGGCUUUUCAAAGGCAGUGUUUGUGGUUAGUGAGCUGGUGCGGGAUGAAACCUGGACAUGUUUAUCUACAGUGACUCUCCAACAAAAACACUGCUUAAAGGAGAAAUGUGCCAGACAAUAUGAGGAGAAAAUUAUGCAGCUUUUCUUAUUUUGUUUUUGUACUUAGAGUGACAUAUUUUUUUAGUAAGUAGUUAGGAGCAUAAAAAAAGUCUCCCUCAGACACAGAAGUACAUUUUGAAAAAGAAAUACCCUGAUAUAACUAAUUCUAUCCUUAAUUUUAAAGAAUGCUUAACCCAUCAGACUCAUUUUGAAUUCAAAUCACCAUUAUCAGUUUCUAUUCUUAAAACCCACAAUGCAGGGAUUUACAAAUUUACUGUGUAACAAUGUCAGCAAGAAAUCUAAGAGAGGUAUUUUUUAAAUGCACAACAAAUAUACAAAUGCUGGAUAACUCCAAUGGUGCAGAUGCAUAAAUAUUACAUAUCAGAGUUUGCUUUUUAUCCCAUGGCUUCAGUGAAGUUCGGAAAGGCACCAAAUGAAUCACAUAAUGUUUUAUAUUGUCAACAAAUGUUUCACGGUGUGUUUGUACUUAAUAAUGAAAAACAUGUGAUGAAGUUAAGCUUUCAAAAGCAGAACUCCUGAAUACAAUUCCUACCAAGAAGAUGUGUGUAAUUGUCACCAUCUUAGUGUUUGGAUGAAGAUGUAAAAACUCUGUAUUUUGGUUCUGAGGUGCUCAAGAAUGAAUAAUAAAAAGCUUUGGGUUUCAUCAUAGCAGCUGUCAGCGCUCUGAUCUCCCCUUUCCUACUGCGACAUAACUCCAUUCCUGCAUGACUGCGUGGAGUCUGCACAGAUCUCAGCAACAAAUAUAAGUUUGUCUUUAAUAUAAGCUCUGAAGUUUCUGAUCUUCAACUUCAGCACUGAUGCUGCUUUUUAUGUGAUUGCAUUAUUCUCUGGUUUACAGAGUAUGCUGUAUGAGUUACUUGCAAAGCAUGCUGCU